CUCAUUGAGUUAUGAUUAAUUUCUUUUUUUUUUUUUUUGGGCACGGUGAGAUUGUGUUAGGAACAUAACUCAUUGAACAUUAACAUGGCAGCAACAGCAGCAAUUCGUGUCGAACAACUCAACCAAUUAAAGGAAAUUUUCGCUCGAUUCGACAUGGAUUCCGAUGGUAGCCUCACCAUUUUAGAGCUUGCAGCAUUGUUAAGGUCCCUAGGACUCAAGCCCUCUGGUGAUCAAAUUCAUGUGCUCUUAGCUAACAUGGAUUCUAAUGGCAAUGGGUUCAUAGAAUUUGAUGAAUUAGUCAAUGCCAUAUUACCUGAUAUGAAUGAAGAGAUUUUUAUAAAUCAAGACCAACUUUUAGAUGUGUUUCAAUUGUUCGAUCGCGAUGGUAAUGGCUACAUUAGCGCAGCGGAGCUAGCAGGGUCCAUGGCGAAAAUGGGUCAACCAUUAACGUAUACUGAGCUUAUGGAGAUGAUCGAGGAGGCAGAUGCAGAUGGUGAUGGUGUCAUUAGCUUCAAUGAAUUUACUUCUGUAAUGGCAAAGUCCGCCAUGGAAUUCUUAGGCCUGGCUUUGUCAUAACCUAUGGAUGGUAUGUUGUUUUUAUAAAACAAACAUCACAAUCAUUGUUAAUUAAUGUCAUUAAUUUGCUCACUAAUCUUAGAUUUUAGGGGGCUAAUAGACUUGUUUAUAUAGGCAUCUGUUGAUGGUGGAGAGAUUCUUUAAUUGUUGGGUACAAAAUGUUUAAUGUGCAUGAUUAAGAGGGAAGAGGGAGGGGAAACUAAAAUGGGGCUUCCAUUGUAU